AUGCUGGGCCUGGUCACAUUGGGUGUGUUGGUAUUUGCAAAUGCUGAUAAGGCUCCUCGUUUACGCCAGACGGAUGUGAAAAAGGCCUCUUUGCUGGCGGCUAGUGCUCAGCAUGAAGGGCUUCCGCAUGGUGUGGGUGCACCAAGGCCUUUCGGACGCAGCUUUCAUGAUGCUCCUGUUGGCAACACGGACUGGGUGACCCAUCGUCAGCGUAUUUUUGUCAUCAGUGACAUGGAUCCAACAGCACCCAUGGACCGGCUGGAUGGUUCGUCUGAUCAUGCUUCUCUCACAGGUGCCAUGCCUGCGAAGCCUGGUGGUGAGACGGUCCUGACACUUGACGAUGGCAAGCCUCCCAUGGCGCCAGACCGGAUGCUAUCGAAGCGGGCCCUCAAGCCUCGCACCUUUCCAGAGCGGGGAGGUGUCCUGGACAGAGAAUCACCUUUGUCCAACGAGGCUGUGGCUCCCGUGGACCGGGUUCCUCCGUAUGUUUCCAGGUACUUGGAACAGCGAGCAAAUUUGGAGCAGAAUCGUGUGAUCCAAAAGCGCUUGGACGAGGAAUGGACUCGAGCAGAUGUCAACAAAGAUGGUGUGGUCUCCGAAGAGGAAUUCACCAUGGAAUUGAAAGACAGGCAAGCAAAGAAGAAAGACGAGAUUGAAAGGCUUUGGCAGAGGUUUCACCAGUCUGAAGACAAAUUUAUGUCGAAAGAAGAGUAUUUCCGUUUGGCACGAACAGGUUAUGAUCUUGGCACAAUUACUCGUGAUGACGUGGCCUCUGUGAUGACGCCCGACAACAUGAAAGGUCUGGGAUAUUGGGGCGCAGGGGCGACCUGCCCCCCUCGGAGCUUUGCCAUGGGUGUGCGAAUCAAGAAAAUGGAGGCUUCUAUCUCCAACGCUUCUGUCGAUGACUCUGGAGUAAAUGCUGUGAAGUUCCUUUGCAGCAAUGGCAGUGAGGUAAGUACGGCUGAGGGACCCGACGGAGACUGGUCAAAUUGGACACUCUGCCCGAAAGGUCAACGUGUGUAUGGUUUCCGUUCCCAAGGUCACAGUUUCAGGAAGGGCUUGGACAAUGCCGGCAUAACAGGCCUUGAAUUCAGCUGUCGAAAACCUGACAUGAGCGACAUCAGCCGCUUGAGCUUCUCCAAUUUCUCAAGCUUUGAGGUCGCCUGGUCAAAGGAGCUCCGAUGUGUUCCAGGGUCUGCGAUAUGCGGAGCUCAGGCGAAUCUGGUGAAGGACGCCAAGGAUAGCAUGGGCAUUGCUGACCUACGAGUGUACUGCUGCGAGUUGCCAGUGGACUGUUCGGAGAUUUGCACCGAUGCAACGCGUGGCAUGAAGCUUGUGAAGUGCAGAGCUUGCCAGCAGGUGAUGGGCGGCAACGCGAGUGAGCCACAAGAGUGA